UUUGAUACAUGGGAUAAAGCAGAAUAUUCAAAAUUAAAUUGAAGUUUAAUCUUAUACCUUCAUCAAAUAUACAAUAACUUCAAACUUAAAUCCUAGAUAUUAAUCACCUUCAUCAAAUAUACAAUAAUUUUAAACUUAAAUCCUAAAUAUUUCUCCUUUUUACAUCUAAUAACUUAAGUACAUAUUACUGGUUCAAAAAUUAUAAACGGAGUACUAUAUUAUUUUUGAGGAGUAUCAAGAAAAAAAUGGCAAAGGCGAGGUGACUAAUUUCUGGGAAGCAAAUGAAGAGAAAUUUGCAUAACACUAUUAAUAUUCACACUUGCCUCUUUCCAAAUCCAUGUUUUUCACACUUUUCAAAAAAAACAUUGCCAACUCAUUUCUAGAAGCCAUCUAAUGUCAUCCCACGAAUGCUAUAGCCGCAAACGCGUCAACCUUUCUUCUCUUGUCGGUCACUUUUGUUCAACAUUUAUAAAGGGGUUGUUUUACCUAUGUUGUCCUUGUACUUGACGGAGGUUUCAAAGCUUGCUUGAAUAUUCCUUCUACCUGAAACCAUCUACUAUGUUUUAGAUAAAAAGCCAUGUGAAAAAAAUCACAUUUUUUGGUUUUGUUUAUAGUUCUUGAAUGCUUCAGUGUGCCAAAGAUUUGAUUUCGGUAAGGUGGUCUUGAUUUUCUUGAUAUAAAACGAUGUACCUUUCUUGAAUUUGGGUAUUUUUGAUAUAAUUAAGAAAUUAGGGGUUGAUUCAUACGAGUGCUUGAUCUUUGAUUAUUAGUGAAAUUGGUGGAACAUUAUAGUUUCUUGUUUAUGCAUUUGAUUUUGAAGAUUGAGAAAGUUCAAGUCUCUGUAUUUGCAAUUGAUUGAUAGAUUUGAGUUGUUGGGGUUAUUGGGAAUAGUUUGAAAUUUUGAUAGAAAACAAGAUGGUUGGAUCUACGGAAGGAGUAACGAGUAAUAAGUACCCGAAUGGGUUGAUUCAAAGUACUAAUGGUUCUGUAGAGGAGAAGGUCGAUGAGCUACGUCGAAUUUUUGGUAAAGUGGAUGGUGAUCCAUUGAGAAUUGUGGGUGUUGGAGCAGGAGCAUGGGGCAGUGUAUUUGUAGCAAUGUUGCAGGAUGCAUAUGGGAAUUUACGAGAGAAGGUGCAGAUUAGAAUAUGGAGGAGAGCUGGAAGAGAUGUUGAUAAAGCAACUGCUGAGCAUUUAUUUGAGGUGAUCAAUUCAAGGGAAGAUGUGUUAAGGAGGCUGAUUAGACGAUGUGCAUACUUGAAGUAUGUUGAGGCAAGAUUAGGUGAUAGGACACUACAUGCCGAUGAGAUUUUGAAAGAUGGCUUUUGUUCGAAUAUGAUUGACACGCCACUUUGCCCUUUAAAGGUCGUUACCAAUUUGCAGGAGGCUGUGUGGGAUGCUGAUAUUGUCAUUAAUGGUUUGCCAUCAACAGAAACUAGGGAAGUAUUUCAAGAAAUUAGUCGGUAUUGGAAGGAACGUAUUACUGUUCCGGUCAUUAUAUCCUUGGCAAAGGGAAUAGAGGCCGAGCUCGGGCCUGAACCCCGCAUUGUUACCCCAACACAAAUGAUUAACAGAGCAACUGGAGUUUCAAUUGAAAACAUCUUGUAUCUUGGUGGACCUAAUAUUGCAUCAGAGAUUUACAAUAGAGAAUAUGCCAAUGCUCGGAUAUGUGGAGCUGAGAAAUGGCGGAAAGCUCUAGCGAGAUUUUUGAGGCAGCCACAUUUUAUUGUAUGGGACAAUGGUGACCUGGUAACUCAUGAGGUCAUGGGUGGUUUAAAGAAUGUAUACGCAAUUGGAGCUGGUAUGGUAGCAGCUCUUACUAAUGAAAGUGCCACGAGCAAGUCAGUAUACUUCGCACACUGUACAUCUGAGAUGAUAUUCAUUACACAUCUCUUGGCGGAAGGACCUGAGAAGCUUGCUGGGCCACUUCUGGCUGAUACAUAUGUGACCCUGUUGAAAGGUCGUAAUGCUUGGUAUGGCCAAAAGUUGGCCAAAGGGGAAAUAAACCUUGAUAUGGGUGACAGCAUCAAAGGAAAGGGGAUGAUACAGGGAGUUUCAGCAGUAAAAGCCUUUUAUGAGCUACUAAGUCAGUCCAGUUUAAACGUUUAUCGUCCUGAUGAAAACAAACAUGUAGCUCCUGUUGAACUUUGUCCUUUAUUGAAGACAUUGUACAAAAUACUGAUAAUGAGGGAGGUUUCAUCAGAGGCUAUUCUUCAGGCAUUGAGAGAUGAAACUAUGAAUGAUCCACGUGACCGUAUUGAGAUUGCACAAGGCCAUGCCAUCUACAGACCUUCGUUACUGGGGCAGUAGCCUUGAUUAAGAGACCUUUGGACGCCACCAUCACGCACUAUCCAACUAUUCCAAGUUCUUCGGCAGUGAAGUUGCUUCUGAAAUUAGGUGUUGUAUGUUCAAUCAAUUUUGUAAUAUGCUCUUUAGACAAUUUGGUUAUCAGGACUAUGCUAUACUGAAGCACGAAAAUUGUUGUAUAAUGUUCUUUGAUUUAUUCAAUCUUUCACUUUA